AUGCAGGACAUGCUUGUCUCUUCCAGGGCAGACUUCGAGUCUUUCCCGCCGGCGGUACAACGAAAGUUCUUUUCCAAUGUUGAGCGUUUUCGUCUUUUGACGACCCAGCAUCCAAGCCAUCAUGCUCAACCGCGCCGCGAGUUUGCUGCGAAACAGUCGCUCUCUAUCCGCCGCCAUCCACGCGCUAGAGUUAUAACACCUUCUUCCUCUACUUCCUCUCUUAGACAUUACCAGCAGACUCAAGCCCAGCGCAAUACUCGUCAGAAGCUUCGUCUUCGUCGAAUUGCUCCUCUCACCGCUCGGGAUAACGCGGGUACUCGUCAUAAUCGUCCCCUCGAUAAUGAUCUGACUGUAGUACACGAGUACUUGCAAUGCUUUCAUUCCCUUCCUCCAAAGAUUCAAAAGACUAUAUUUUCACAAGAAGAGCGACGGCUCUUGCAGAAAACAGCUCCCAUAGCAAGCAAUAUUACCGACGCUGCUGAUCAGGCGCUUCUCAAAUUCGAAGAAAGACAUAGAGCUUCCCGCCGCCGCCAAUCGCUGCGAACUGACACGUCAAGCGACAGAUUUGUUCGCAGAGGUCGUCGUCAUUAUCGAAGAUCCAGAUCAAGUGCUUCCCCUGCAAUUCGUUCUUCAAUCCGUUCCUCAAUUCGGUCAUUUCCUUCAUCGCUUCCUUCGACUUACGCAGAAGAACCUUCUACCGACGGUAUCGGUACCCCCGAUACCAUUGCUGACCCUACCGACUCGGGAAUCGAAAUGGAAGAAUCUAUUCUUGACAGUUUCCGAUGGCUCGACGAGGACGAAGACCUCGAUCUGUCUCUGGACAGCUACCACAAAUAUGUUGCCGACACAGCAUUGUCAUCACAACACGUUCAACAACCUACCUUUCCACGACGAAUGCCUUCCCUACGCCGGACGUUGUCGUUGGCCAAAAAUCGAAAUUCAAUGAUGUUCAUGGGGAAUAGUAGCCGAGGGUUAAGUUCUAGUCAAUCUUCCACGCUUCCUUUUUCUACAGCCGGCAGCGGAGUAAGCAAUAAUCGUCCCGAUCAUCACCAGGCUAGACAUAUAUCUCAUCGGUCUACAUCUUCCAUUGACCCCGCUGCACAAUACUACCAAGACCCAGAGGCUCGAUUAAAACUGCGAGUGUACCUGGCGUCACCUCAGAAGUUUGACGAAGCAAUUGAAUUCGGGUUCCCGUCUUUGGACCACAAAGAGAAUAUCGACGCCAACAACUUGCGCCGACACAACACCAACCGAGACUCGAAACGGAUAUCACAGAUUUCUGCAUCGACUCAUGGAACUCAUGGAUGGACAUUCUUGGACGAUGAAACCACAUCUAUCGACUUGAGUCUAUUUGACCUGACCGAUCACCAACCCCAAUUCCAACAGCCGAAGAAAUCACGACGCAGUCAUGACAAGACUGCCGUAAGCUCCAACAUUCGCGAACUCACGUCGGCCAAUUCGCGAUCCUCAUCCAUAGACCCACGCCAUCGUCGCCCACAACCUCUCAAGCCUGUUGUGGGAAAUGCUAAUGGCAAUCACCACCCACAAACCGGCGGUCAUCGUCGUGAGAUGACUUUGAAAAUGACACUCACCAGACCCGAUCUACGAACAGCCGGUGACUCCGGUCCGUACGGUCAUGAUCAACACGACGAUCCUCUGCGGUUGGCAGAGUUGCCGCCUGCAGAUGAAUCGUGUAAUAUUUGGGACGACAUCCCUGAAGAGAGAGGAGUCGUCAAAAAGAUGUGGCGUAAACUUCGCUAUUGGAGGGAUUGA